AUGGACUUGCGAACCUCAUUCAACAAUCUGAUGACUGGCCAGGGCUACGACGAUGACGAUGAUGACGGCUACAAGAUACUUGACGAUGCAGAUCCAGAAGCAGAAGAAUACGAAGAGAGCUUACAAUACGACGAAGACGGAGUUCCAGCUCCAGAAGACGAUAAUUCUUAUGGCCAUGCAUCCUUUGAUGAAGACGGAGAAGACUAUCACGAUGGAGAAGACGACCUGCAGGGUGGUGAUCAGCUAAUCUUUGAAGAAGACGAACCUGAUGACAGAGAUGAUCUUAUUCCUCAAGAUGUUGGAGCUUCUAUGAAUGCUGCUGUACGUGACAGUGGUCUUGAGAGGGGUGCCGAUGAUGUUAUUUUUGAAGACGAUCAAGAAGCUAUGAAGGAAUACGAUCAACUCUUGGACGAAGACGCUACUCGAGACAAUAGAAGGGAGCGUCGUCGUCGUAUCCGUGAGUCCAAUUUGAGUGACGAACAAAGGGCCUUGGUAGGGCGAGCCAAUAUGGCUUAUGCUACGAACAACCUCGACGAAGCAUUACAAAUCUUGCACGAGGUCAUUCGUGGAGCUCCAAGUGCUAAAGGUCCUUGGAUUACUCUGGCCGCUGUGCUAGAAGCGAAGGGAGAAACUGAAAAGGCCAUUCAGACAAACUUGAUUGCUGCUCAUUUGGGUGGAACGGAUGCCAACUUGUGGAAGAAGAUUGCAGUCGAUUCCAGACAAAUUGGUAAUCUUGAUCAAGCCAUUUAUUGUAUCAACAAGGCAGUCAGGCUAGACAAGGAGGACCUGAAUGCUCAGUGGGAUAGAGCUGUCUUACUAAUUGAACGUGGUCUCUAUUCCAAGGCCAUCGCUGGCUUCCGUGCUAUUCUCAACAUAUCUCCACACAAUCCUCAAGUAAUUCGCGAAUUAGGUAAACUCCUGGCCCGUGUCAAUCAACCCAGAGAAGCAAUCAACUUGUACGAAGAUUUAUACGAACUUGAUAAAAUGAAUCCCUUGGAACCCGUGGACGAGGACGACGAAGACGACGAAUUGGACUUGGGAGCUCGCGUUGUAGUACCAUGUCGUAUGAGAUAUGCAGACAUCAACACUUUGGCUGGCUUGUAUAUCAGAACAGCACAAUACGACCGUUGUAUCAAUACGAUUCGGCAAUGUGUACGACGAUUACAAGGUCGUGCUCGUGAUACUCAUUGGGAUUUCAGGCCUGAUGAUCAAGAGUUUUACGAAACAGCUAUGAUGCCUGAAAAUCAACGAAUGCCUAUGGAGCUUCGAACUCAGCUUGGUAUAUGUCGUCUCAUGUUGGAUCAAGUUGAUAUUGCUGUAGAUCAUUUCAGCAAACUCUAUCAGCCCCACGUGGUUCCAAACCAUAUAGACCUAAUGAUGCAGGUUGCUGAAGCCUUCAUCAAAAAAGGUCUGUUUGAGAACGCAUUGGCGACGUUUGAAGUCCUUCGUUCGUCUCGUGAGCAUGAUGCAGACGUUUCAUGUCGUGUCGCCUUUUGCCAUUUCCAGCUAAAAAAUUAUUCACUCGCGGAGCAAUGGUAUCGACAUGUACUCGCUUUAAAGCCCGAUCUACUUCAAGCCAAGAAAGAAUUACGACAACUUUACACAGCCAUGGGAGAGGAAGAGAAGGCUUUUGAAUUGGGUGAAGAAAUUGAGGCAGCCGCACCUGGAGAAAGGGACAGGAAACCACCCGCUGAUCCUAAUCAACCAUCAAAGACCAAAAUCAACGCAGCUGCAAAAGCCAAGAAGCGAGCUGAAGAGCAGGAACGAGAACGAAUCUUGUCUGCUGAGAAUAUAACCUUAUAUCGAUCUGCGAUGGAGGCAUAUCGGGAGGUUGAGGACCCUGGAUCACGAGUUCGAUUUAUUCGAGAGGCCAAAAAAUUGUUGUCAAAAUUCACUUCCGCCAAGGCCUUUUAUGGUGACAAACAUCGAAGGGCUCCUGGAUUCAAGACAAGAGGCAAACCGCAACAUUCAGAAGAUGACUCAUGGCUCGGAUUGACCAUUGAGCAAUGGUAUCAGAUGUUCAUUAGGUUGUCCCAUUUACUCAAUGUUGUCGGCGAAUCAGCAGAAUCUCAGCAGGUGUUGAAGACUUGUCUUUCUGCCAAUGUCUUUCAUCAUGAUGAAGUCAGAAGUGCUAAACUUCACAUCCAUAUGAUGAAUGCUGCACUCGUCAAUGAUAACAUUGGGAUGGCUGCUGAACAUGCACGAUGGUUUAUUUCAUAUCGACCUUUUGUGAAUGAUACUUAUCAGCUCUUUUCUGCUGCAUUGUCAAUUGGAACUCCCGAAGCUCUCCAUAUCUAUACACAGGCCAACACCAUAAAACUUCUUGGUCGACAACUGAAGAGUUUCGAAAAAUUGAUAAGACAAGGCAAAAAGCAUGAAUUUGACAUCAACAUUAUGAUGUUGGUCUUGUAUGGACAUGUAUCGAAUUGUGCUCGAAACUUUGAUCAAGCUAUAUGGUAUUUCCGCCGAGCACUCCAACAAGUACCUGAAGAUCCCUUUGUGCACUUGUCCUUGGGUAUUGCAUUUUUGCACAAAGGGCACCAGAGGAAGACUGAAGAGAAACACAAGGCAUUCACGUGUAUAUUCAAGUACUAUGAAUUAUCAGAACAAUCAGCAGAAGCAGCAUACAAUGUCGCUCGAGCACUUCAUCAAUGUGGAUUGCGAGAGUUGGCGUUAGAUUAUUACAACCAUGUCUUGUCUGCACCCGCAGAAUUAGGAAAACAGAACUUGAAGCGAGAAGCAGCAUAUAAUGUACACUUGCUGUUGAUGGAAAGGGGAGAUUCAAAGGAGGCAUUCAACGUGUUGAGAGAAUACAUUCAGAUAGCGUAG